AUGGCUCCCCAACAGCCAUCCUUCCAAUCCGCCCUCCUCGCCGGCGCCCUCGCUGGAGCCACCGUCGACCUCUCCCUCUUCCCCCUCGACACCCUCAAGACCCGCCUCCAGUCCUCCGCCGGCUUCUUCCCCUCGGGCGGCUUCUCCGGCAUCUACCGCGGCAUCGGCUCCGCCCUCGUCGGCUCUGCCCCCGGCGCAGCCUUCUUCUUUUGCACCUACGAGACGGCAAAGAGCUUCUUCGGGCAGCGCAUACGUGGCAGUCAUAGCAGCGGCAAUGAUAACGGGCGGACGUGGGUGCCCGCAGACGCCCUGACGCACAUGCUCGCCUCCAGUCUGGGCGAAAUCGCCGCCUGCUCCGUCCGCGUGCCCACAGAGGUCGUCAAGCAGCGCGCCCAAGCCGGCCACCACGGCGGCUCCUCCGCCCAGGCGCUGGGCCACAUCCUGAGCCGGUACUCUGCCCCCGGAGGCAGCCUGGCAGCAGUAUGGCGCGAGCUGUACCGCGGCUGGGGCAUCACCAUCUUCCGCGAGGUGCCCUUCACCGUGAUUCAGUUCCCGCUGUGGGAGGGCAUGAAGGCCUGGGGCCGGAAGCGCCGCGGCGACGGCAAGGACGUGUCGGCGGGAGAGAGUGCACUGUACGGGAGUCUGGCGGGAGGCGUGGCGGCUGCUUCGACGACGCCGCUCGACGUGCUCAAGACGAGAGUCAUGCUGUCCAAGGAGCGGGUUUCGGUGGGCGAAGUGUUCCGACGCAUGGCGCGGGACGAGGGCGUGCGGCCCUUCUUCGCUGGCAUUGCGCCGCGUGUGACGUGGAUAUCCAUUGGCGGCGCGAUAUUCUUGGGGAGCUACCAAUGGGUCAUCAACACUAUGAACAGCAUAAGCUCAUAA